GGAUUCGUCAGAUGAUGAUCCAAUAGAUACAUAUUUCCAAGAUAAGUUGGCAAGUGCUAGGUUAUUAGCAAAGAAUAAGCAGACGAAGGUGGGAGGAAGUUUUAGUUCUUCAGGUUCAUUGUAUACUAGCAUACUAGUUGGGUUUGGGGUGUAG